UAUCUUCUUCUCUCUCCUCCUCGCUCGCUCGCUCAGCUCUCUCUCUUUGCCGACAAAGGAAGGAAGGAAGGAUGCAGCGCCAGUCGUUGGGAUCGCCGGGCUCCAAGACCCGACUCUCCAGCGGAGGUGCCGCCGGGAGAAUGGAGCAGCAGCCGGAGGAGGAUAUGAAAGCAGAGAAGCAGAUCCGAUGGAGCCUGAGAGCGGAUAGGUCCAUCCACCUCAUCCCCAUUCUCACGAUCCUCUGCCUCCUCGUCCUCUUCCUCUUCUCCCAUGACCCUUCCCCUGCAGAUUUGGAGGCCUUCGGCGCCAGCGGCAUCCUGCGACAUGACACCAAAGCGGUUUCCGGGGCUGAGAGGGUGUCGGCGAUCCACAGCAACCGGGGGCUGAAGGCGGCGGCGCGCAACCGGAAGCUGGGCGUCUCUCAGCCGGAUGUUCGCACUUGAGCUGUCAGGUUCCGCCACGUCCACGCGGGUAUCGACGAAAGCAGCGGCGGCGUGGUGGCCGGGGCGGGCGUCGGUCUCUUCUCUCUGUGAUCGAUGUAAUUACUCUGUUAUUAAUAUCAAUUCUUUUUUUGAAAAAUAGAGAAUAAAUGACUGUGUUAUUAU